AUAACAAAAUUGAAAAUGGAAAGCCAGGUUCGGUUGGAGCGGAGAGUCAGAAGUUGUCCCCACAGUCGACUACCCCUCAGCACCCGUCUUCAGGAGGAACAACUCCAGCUACCAUCAUGUCCCAGCAUGGCAUGAUGACUUCCCUGGAGCCGCCCUUCAUGCAACAGCAGAACAAGGUCUUUGUGUUUUCCACCAGGCUGGCCAAUGAAGCCGCCGAGAGUGUCAGGCAUGGCCAUUGCAAGAGCAUAAUACAAUACCACAUGGAUCAUCCGAAUACCAAAGCCUUCCUGCAGAAGAACCCACUGAAAGCUAGCAGCUUCCGGCACGGUAUGCUGCCUGCUGUCAUGAGCAGCAUGAAGGCUGGUCAGCAGGCUCCAGGGAUGAUCAGGAUGCCUGGCCCAGGCCCGUCACCACCCGGCUGGGGACCCCAGCAUCCCUCAGCCAUGGAAGGCAUGAUGGGGCCUGAGGGGAUGAUGCUGAACGGGCCCUAUCACCCGGGAGGUCCUGGGCCCCGGAUGAUGGGAAGCUGGCCGGGGCAAGGAUGCAGCGGCCUCCACCCCCAUCCUCACGGGCCUAUGGGUCCUGGCGGAUACCCCCUUGGCAGCAUGAUGGAUAUGGAGAGUGAGAUGAUGAUGAUGGGCGGUCCCCAUAACUCGAAUAUAUCCUCCAGCCAGAUCCCAGAUGAGAACCUGACAUUGGAGCAGAGGCAGCACCGUUCCAGGGGGUUAGCUCAGUUGACUAAAAUCCACAAGAUGCUAAUGGGUGGUAGUAACCCAGGGGACGGCCAGCAACCACCCCAUGGACAUGAGCCGGGUAUGUACCAUGGAGGUCCAGGGGGGAUGACGUCCCACCAGCAGCAAGCAAUGAUGUCCCAGCAUGCCAUGAUGACCCAGGCGGGCAUGAUGCCACCACACGGCAUGAUGUCCCCCCAGCACCAGCACAUGAUGGCCCAACAGAUGUCUUCUUAUGGGCCUCGAGGCCCCCCAGGAAUGGUGCCUCCGGGAAUGAAUGGCAAAGAACAGCCCUAUAUGCCCUAUACGCCUGAAGGCGUUGAAAAGGGUCCUUUACUUUACUUACUUACUUAUAUUUAUAUGUUCAUAGUGAUUUUAUUGUUGUUUUCACUUUUUGUCACAUGGCAGUUUCAAGACCAGCAUGCAUGGUAUCAGAUGCAGCGAGAGUUUUACAUGGAGAAGCAGCAUCGGAUGCAGCACAUGGUGUCCAUGCGAGGGCCUCACAUGGACCCAGUCCCUCCACCCUCGUACUACUCGUCCGUCUCACAGAAACAUAGCGGAAUGAGCAGUCCUCCGUCGCCAGGCAUGAACGGAAUGAGGAUGCCGAUGCCCCCACAUGGACUCAUGGGGUCAGGAAUGGAUCCCGAUGGGAUGGGGAUGUUUGGGGGUCCACCCGAUAUGUGCCGGCCGCCACACAUGGGGAUGGAACCCAUGCCCGGAAUGCAUCCGUACCCGCCCCAUAUGCCACCUCAAGGUCCCAUGGAUCCUGGUUUUGAUCCUAUGAUGGUAGGAGGGAUCCCACCAGGAAUGGGUCCUGGACCUCCGGAUAUGGUACCACGGCAUCACGGUCCCAUGCGCCAGAGCCACAUGAUGGGUUCGAAUGGUGUCAUGCCCAGUAUGAAAGGCCCGAAUCAGGUGACUUUACACAGGGCAGGCAAUCCAGAACAGUUUAACCCUGAAACAAUGGGAGGAGUGGUGCCCCCUUUACAAACUCAGUCUGGCUCUAGCAACAGCAGCAAACCACCUCCAAGCUAUGCUCAGGCACAGAAGAGGAAGCGAGGCAGUGAUAUGGAUGAUUCUUACACUAAAGGCAACCUCCAGCAGACUCCGUCUCCCACCAAAAUUCAUUAUCACCUCAGCCAGUUUGAAGGCCAGGAAUUGACAAUAACCAAACAGCUCAACACAGCAUAUGUUGCCAACGAUGGAGGUGACGAUUCGGGUGCUGCCAGUUCUGCUGGCAGCAGCAGCAGCAGCAACGGGGGCAUGUCUGGUGGUUCUGCAGGGUUGUUCAACAGCCAUGCCAGCUCCCCCUUGCAUGGACCGGGUUCGAACAAAGGACCUCAUUCAAACUCCAGCCAGACAUCAGUCCACAUGGUCAGUUCCCCAGCGGUGUCGACGACGGGGCCCUCUCCGCAUCAAGGGCCUGCUACGCCUCACUCCACUACUCAUUCGUCUUCAGUUCCUUCGUCAGGUGCUAACAUGAGGCUGUCCCAUUUUGACCCUGUUCCACUCAGCAAUGGAAUCGGCAGCGGCCCUCACACACCCACUCCCAAGCCAUCUUCCAUGUCAAAUAUCACGUCAGCCAGCCUAGCCAAUCUGGCCAAAGGUGUCGAGAACUUAUCCAAUCAGAUGCAGCAGAACAUGAUGCAAGGCGGACCCUUUCACAGUAUACAAGUUCAAGGUCAAAUGACAAGCAGUAACAGUAACUCUAAUAAUAGCAGUAAUAAUUCCAGCAGUGUUUCGUCUACUGCAGCUACAACAACGACAGCCUCUUUAUCACCAUCCACUAACUCUGCAUCUCAUCCAGUUACAACAGCGGGCUCACAGGCUUCAGGGUCACCUAAUGUUAACAACGCAUACAUGGCAACAAACAUGUCCGCGUCACAAGUGAACAUGCCACUCCACCCUUCGGUGAACAACUAUGUGAAUAUGCAAAUGCAAAAUAUGAACAGCGAAUCCACAAACAUGAACCUGCAACCCUGCAGCAUGCAGCACGGCAUGAGCCCUCACAUGGGCCCCGGGAUGAUUGGGGGAGGCCCCAGGUCAGGAAUGCCCCACCACAUGCCCCAGGGCCCAAUGAUGACGCCAGUGGGUCCGAAUGGACCCAGCCCUGUGAUGGGUCAAGGUCUUCCUAUGCUAUCAGGGCACAUGCCGCCAGGAUUGGCUCCUGGAGGAUCCAUGCCUCCACAUCGACCCAGCUCUUCCUCCGGCAUGCCAGCAACGCCCCCUACACUAUCCAAAAGUCACUUCACCAGCCCACCUCUCUCGCAUCCUUCAAUGGGUGGUUUAGUCCCAUUGCCCGACGUGACUUCUCCAUCUUUCCCAGUCACCUCCAGCUCUAACUCCAGUGUACAGAUACAGCAGAAGGGCCACAACACCAUUCAGUACCUGCCUGCCAACCCACCGUCCUCGAUGCCAACUUACUUCCCCAGCUCAUCGCCCACUCCCAGCAGACCUCCUCAUAUGUCAAGCGCCCUGUCUGCCGCAGCUGCCAUGGGGCCCGAGUUUGCAAACCAAGCCACUAUUGCCAUGCAUCAGUCUGCAUCCAUGAUGAGAAGCUCAAGUAUACCUGAUCUUCAUGCCAUGCAGGGCUCACUCUCCGGCAUGCCGCCGUCAUCGAUGGGGCCUAUGGGGCCAAGUCCUGGCAUGCCCCCCUCAUCGAUGGGGCCUUUGGGGCCCAGCAUGAUGAUGGGUGGUCCAGAGCCAAUGAUGGGGAUGGGUCACAUGCGGCCGGGUCACUCACCCGGGGCCCUACACCCCAGUUUGGGGCCGGGGAGCUUAGAAUGUGUAUCACCCAUCCCAGGAAUGGGGGGUUACAUGAGUAAUGGACCUUCCAUAGAGCAAGCUCAAGCUCAGGCUCAAGCACAUGCUGCCAUGAUGAUGCAAGGCAACAGCCAGAUGUCUGUCUCAUCUCCUCAUGGACCCAUGCCGCCGUGCGGGGGCCCAUCGCCUCACAUGAACAUGCCUCCCUGCGGAGGUCCCUCUCCACAUUCAGCACCGAUGAUGGGAAUGCCAGGGGGCUCCUUGCAUGGGCCCAUGCCCCCUGGAGGAAUGCCAGGUUCAUCUAUCCACGGGCCCCCGAUGCCUGGGCAGUCGCCCCAUGGACAUCCCAUGUCUGGUCAGUCCCCACAUGGGCAUUCAAUGCCAGUACAGUCUCCUCACGGAUCUAUGCCUUGUUCGAUUCCGGGCAGUUCUCCUCACGGCCCAAUGCCAGGCACGAUCCCUGGACCUUCACUUCAUGGACCUAUGCCGGGCCCCCCAACUCACAGUUCAAUGAUGGGCCCUAUGAUCCCUCACGGGCACAUGGGGCAUAUGCACGGGCCAGGAAUGCCUUCGGGUGGCAUGCCCAGACAGCCAGGGAUGGGAGCCAUGAGAAUGGUCAGGCCCUCGAUGGGAAGCAUGUCUGGACAGUAUGGCAUGCAGUACCCGGGGUACCAGCAGGAAUACUACCCCUCACUGUCCCCAAGAGGCCACCCUCGACAGAUGAUGCCUGGAAUGAUGGGUGGCCCGGUUCAACCAUAUGGCAUGAUGCCAUAA